AUGGACGCGGGCCUGGGGGCUGGCCUGCACGAGAGCAGUGACGAGGAAGGGGACCUGCAGAUGCUAUUCCAGGAACUCUGCCAGCUCCAGGCCAAGCGGAGGAGGCUGGAGAGGGAGGUCAAGAAACACAAGCAUUUUGAAGAUUUCCUGAUUAAGGUCCUUGAGAAGAUCCCCAAGGGCUCCAAGGCCCAGGAGGAGCCAGAGCAGGUCUUGCUGGAGGCCAUGGUGGACCACUACGGGAGGCUCUUCUCAGCCGGCCAGGAUGCCCAGAAGCACCUGGGGGCCUUCUCCAACAUGAGCCACACCAUCCACCAGAGCCUGCAGUCGCUAGAGGAGGGCCACAGGGCUCUUGUCCCGAGCCUCAAGAUCCAGCUAUGUCAGCUGCAGAAGAAGUGUCACUGCAGUCAGGAGUGGCAGCGGCGGCGGGUGGGACACAGAGGCCCCUACCAGAAAGACACGGGCAGCCACAGUGAUGCUUCCUUGGCCCCAGAGGGAGCUGGGAGUGGGGGCCAAGGGGGGCUUCUCUGCCUCUCUCUCCUCCCACAGAAUGUGCUGCUCGACUACAUACGGCUGGCCAUUGACAACAUGGCCCAGCGGUGUCACCCUGCUGCUGGUGGCCUGCCCAAGAGCAUGGACCUCUUCUCCAAGCUCGACCUGAUUCAGGUGAGGAGGGUGGCCAUGGCCACAGUUGUUUCAGCCCCUGUUGACCCUCCCCGCAGCUGUGUGGCUGCUGGUGCAGUAGGGCACCGUGGACCCUGGGGCUCUAUCCGUGUCUCCACAAACCUGUGA